AUGUAUCAGCAAUACAACAAGGAAGGAGCGUCGCCAGAGAUAGUGGAGCCAGAGGUGAAGAGUAAGUGCCCGCUCACACAGGAGGGCAUGGCCUUCCGACCCUGCCAAGAGCUCCUGCGCUCUCUCCUACGCAGCCCGAGGCUCGCCCCUCUGCUCUGGCCCCUCCAUAAAAAGAUGCCUCAGAUGAGCAUCUCCUGCAUGCGAUGCAACGCCGUGGGUUAUCGAUCCUACUUUGAGAUGGGCCAGCCCGCCAAGAUACGAUUGUGCUGUGACAAGCUAUCGUCUGCAGAGGAAGUGGAGGAGUAUAUAGUGCGCGGUGUAGAUAUGAAAUCGGGGGAGGAGAUGGCGUGCAGCGAGGUGCGAGCAGCAGCCUUUGCCGAGUGCCGCAACAAGCCUGGCUACUUCUGGGAAUACUUCAAGAAGUCCUGCUUGAACGACGAGAAUGCGGAGGAGCUCGUAUCGAAAGUGUUCGCCAAGUGUUACGACGACAAGAUGCCGUUUGUCAACAUUUACGAUCCCACCACCAAAGGAGGCUGA